CUCCCCGCCCGACUUCCGUCGGAAAAGCCGCGCAUGUCCUGCACUCGCUGGCCCUAGCCAUGGCCCUGCGUUGGUUUUUCCUGCUAAGCCGCAAAGAGGGAGCCAAGUUACUGCUCCCGCGCGGGUCGGCUGCUGCCUCUACUUAUGGCACCUUCCAGGAUUUUUCUCGCAGGCAGAGCAGGAGCGCCACCGCUGCCGCCUCCUCCCCACCCUCCGGGGACUGCUUAAUAUACACACAGGAGCAUUUCGCUUUGAGAGCGUCUUUGAGAAAGAUUAUUGACAAAGAAAUUAACCCUUUUGUGGACAAAUGGGAAGAAGAGGGACAGUUUCCCGCGCACCAAGUUUUUAAGACUCUGGGGAAAAGUGGAUUCCUUGGAGUGAACAAACCAACUGAAUAUGGCGGUCUGGGUCUGGACUUCUCAUACAGCAUUGCAGUGGCUGAAGAACUUGGAAAUAUUCACUGUGGAGGUGUUCCCAUGGCAAUUGGAGUGCAGGCUGACAUGGCUACACCUGCCCUUGCAAGAUUUGGAUCCGAUGAGCUGAAAAGAGAAUUCCUUGCUCCAAGUAUAGCUGGAGAUGUUGUGGCUUGCUUAGGAGUCAGUGAACCUGGGGCAGGCUCAGAUGUUUCAAGUAUCAAGACGAACGCUGUGAGAAAAGGGGAUGACUAUGUUGUCAAUGGUAGCAAAAUGUGGAUUACAUCCGGGUGUCAGGCAGAUUGGAUGUGCCUGCUGGCAAACACAAGCGACGGACCCUCCCCCCACAGAAAUAAAUCUCUUCUGUGUCUGCCAAUGAAGCUGCCUGGCAUUCAUAUUGCUAAGAAGAUUGACAAGAUGGGCAUGAGGUCAUCUGACACGGCACAGAUCUUUUUUGAAGAUGUCCGAAUUCCCAGCAAAUACCUCAUUGGGGAGGAAGGAAUGGGUUUUACAUACCAGAUGUUGCAAUUCCAAAAGGAGCGUAUGUGGGGAGUAGCCAGCAAUUUGAUAAUACUGGAAAAUGUGAUACAAGAAACUAUUGAUUAUACUCUCCAACGUAAGGCAUUCAACCACCCGAUACUUCAUAACCAAACGGUGCACUUUCGUUUGGCAGAAUUAGCAACUGAGGUGGAACUCCUUCGUUCUUUGCUGUAUCGGGCUGUCGCUCUCUAUAUCCAUGGCAAUGAUGUGACCAAAUUUGCAUCCAUGGCUAAAUUAAAGGCAGGACGCGUGGCUCGGGAGGUGACAGAUAGCUGUCUCCAGUUCUGGGGAGGAAUGGGGUUCACUAAUGAGGUGCUAGUAAGUAGAAUGUACAGAGACUUGCGAUUGCUGUCAAUUGGAGGUGGUGCUGAUGAAGUCAUGCUUUCUAUCAUAUGCAAGUACAUGAACACCUUACCAAAGAAGUAACUUCCAGGCCUCUUAUUGAUCUCUACCUACAUUUUAAUAAACUGCAAGAUUGUCAAUGCAAGGAAAUAAUAUCCAGUAAAACUAUGUUAAGAGUUAAUUAAUUAAUUAAUUAAUUCUUGAAUUUUCUUUAACAUUCAUGUUGUUGGGAUUUUGCCUUACUUGAUACUAUAUCAAACCACCACUGCCAGAAACGUGUACACACAAACACAGUGCCUUAUUUUACUACAAACAUUAUGUGGUAUGACCUAUGGCCAACUCUGUUGUCAGACAGAGAUGUGGUUUACUUCUCUGGCUAGUCUUAUAAAGCUAAGACAUUUUAAACAUGUCAAGAAAACCAGCACUUUGAGCAGUACCUUAUAGUGAAAGACUCUGCUGAGCCGCGUGGCCUGUACAUUAACACUAGUACAAGUACCAUGUAGAUUGAUUCACUUUUCCCCAGAAAGUUGUUCUGUGCCUACUUCUAACUGCUAUAAACGUGGAAUUGUUCCUUAUUCGCUUUUAAAUUCCAUGUAAUGAUAGAACCAGGUUAGAUUAUUUUAUAUCCUCGAUCCUGCAGUCAAGAACUUCAAAUACCAAUAUAGCCUCUUAAAUGCCUGCAUGAAUUCUGUCUGCUCCAGCAAAGCUUCCGGCAACUCCUCAUUUGGAAUAGCAAAGUAUUGAUUGCACCCGUCGGUGUGCACAACACAUAUCUAGGCUGAACCAGAGUAAUUGCUUAGGUUUAUUAAGUGUAGCAAGGAUGCAAUUAAAAUGGGUAAUUCACAACACAUGGUACAAAGCAAUCCUCCUAAAAUUCCACCUGCUUUGCUAAAUUAGGAUAAUUUGUGGUCAUACCUGACAAUCAAUAAUUGACUUGCAAUAAAUUGUAAACAUUGGCUUUGUACUAAGCUGAAUAAAAACUAUUUUUAAAUCUAAAGAA